CAAUGGUACAAUUACCAGAAGGAAUCGAGCGAUGAUGUCGCUACUCACAUCAUAAAAAUCGAGAAUCUUGCACAUCGGCUACAAACUUUGGGUGAGAAAAUUCCAAAUCAAAUGAUUAUUACUAAAAUACUCAUGACAUUACCUCCAUCAUUCAAAUAUUUUAUUAGUGCGUGGGAAUCAACUCAACCCAACGAAAGAACUCUCACAAAUCUUAUUUCAAGGCUCACCAUUGAGGAAACAAGAAUGGGAACCGAAGAAAAAGCAGAGAACAUUGUUUUUACUGCCAAUAAACAUCAAUAUAAGAAAAAUUUCAAAAAAGGCAACGUUAAACCAGGCGUAUGUCAUUAUUGCCACAAACCAGGGCAUUGGAUCAAGGAAUGUAGAAACCGAAAAGCAGCAAACGAAAAAUACAAAGGAAGGAAAGAAAAAGCACUCAUUGGAGCCACGUCUGCAGAAUAUAAUUUAGAAACAUCCAAUGAUGCAUGGCACAUGGAUUCAG